UCAGUCUGACAAGCAAAAUUCGGGGAUUGCAAUUUUUUGCUUCGUAGCUAGAGCUAGCCAGCUAGCUGCCCGGUACCGAUGCUGUUGCUAACUCGGGUUGUGUAUUAAAUGGCAAACAUCGCGUAACCCUGUAUUAAAUCAUGCCGACGCCAGUUGAGUGGGGAUGAAUGAGAAAAGAAGCUUCUCAGUAAGUCCGGUGGUGCAACUGGUUAGUUUUGACGGUGUACUGGCAGCCUCCUGCAGUUAGCUGGAAGUUACUCAUCCGCCCGGGGAGGAGGUUUGGCUAAUUAGCAAGCGGCGACGGGGCAAGGGGGCUUGUACAUGUCUUCCUCUCCACCUACUGCUAAACAUUUUGCAGUUCAUGUUUCGCCAAGAGGUCAGUGUGACGUCUUUCAUCCCGUCUUGUUCGUAUCUGUUCCACCACGAGAAGAGGAACAUGUCCAGGUAUAACAUAUACAGCUUGUUAGACUGGGUGUACGGCGGGGUGGACCCCAAGUUUGAGGGCAACGGGGGCCCGGAAUGUGCCGCCUUCCUGGCGCCCCAGCAGCGCGUCUGUGAAAGUCUGGUGGUCAUCCUCCUCUCCAUAGUUGAGAUUAGCGUGGCGCUGAAGAAAAUAAACAUCUCCAAAGAGCUGAAAGUGGCGGAGAAAGAGUGCACAAAAUCAAAAGAGGACAGUCUCAGCAAGAACUUGUUGCUUGUUGCACUAUGCUUGACUUUUGGAGUGGAGGUGGGCUUCAAAUUUGCCACCAAGACUGUCAUCUACUUGCUGAACCCCUGUCAUGUGGUCACCAUGAUCCAGAUCUUCCUGCUGGCCUGCCCGCCUUGUAAAAUUGCAAUGGUUGUGUUUAGGCUGCAGGUACACAUGUUGAAUGGUGCUCUACUGGCUUUAAUGUUCCCCGUAGUCAACACCAGACUGCUGCCAUUUGAGAAAGAAGUCUAUUACAUCCAGCACUCCAUGCUCUACCUGGUGCCAGUCUACCUUUUCAGGAAAGGAGGUGUGUACAAGCCUGAGCCCCUGGGGGACAUGUGGUGGGGGCUGCUCGCCACCGGCAUCCUCUUCCUGUAUCACUUUGUCUUCUUGCAAGUUCUUGGCUUGGCGACGGAGGUGAACCUCAACAAUAUGCUGUGCCCGGCCGUGUCCGAUCCCUUUUACGGGCCUUGGUACCGUGUGUGGGCGACGGGCCACCAGACGCUCCUGACGCUGCUCCACGGAAAGUUCCUGACCCUGCUCUCGCAACACACGGGCCCUGUGUGCAGAUACUCGCUGGACACACUCCGACUGCGCAGCAAGAAAAUCGACUGAACAAGCCUUUCACUUUCACUUUCACUUUCAUUGCCUUUUAUGUUGCUUUUAUUUAGAGUAUUUUACGGUUUUAUUUCAGUCAGUGUUGCUUGUGACGCCAUGUUUUUUAUGUAAUGGCAUACAUACACUGCUCACAUGCCAUACGUGUAGGGAGGUGUUUUAAGGCUAGUGGUCCGACUUGAGAAUCAAAUGUGCAAAAAUAUCCAGAAAAUCAUUUCUUAUGUUGCCUUUUUUGUGUGCAGAAAAAGGCCACUAGUGAUAGCACAUGUCUAACUUCAAGAUAAAGCACUCCUCAAAUUUAGGACCAGUCAGCAAAUUUCAGGAUGAAUCUAAAAUACAUCUCCCGACAGAAGACACUUGCAGCUCUAAGAACAUUCUAGUUCAGUGGUGGGCAAACUUUUUGGCUCAGGGACCACAUUGGCUUCUAAAAUGUAACAUGCACACGAUGCAUCUCAAAGCAUAUUUCUGUUGGAACUAUGGAUGGUAAACUUCUCAAACAUAGGAUUUUUUUCAUUAUAUUACAUCUUGUUUCAACAAUAUAUCAGAUCGGCGUGGUUCAGAUGGUAGAGCGGCCGUGCCAGCAACCUGAAGGUUGUAAGUUCGAUUCCAGCUUAUGCCAUCCUAAUCACGAGCAAGACACUUCACCCACUUUUCUCCUGUGGCACUGACACUGGUGUAUGAAUGUGCAGCACUCCCUUGAAAAAGAGAUUGUUAAUGUCAAUGGGACUUCCCUGGUUUUAUAUAAAGGGAAAAAAAAAAAAAAAAAGAUUUCAAAUAAGAACAUUAAAUAAACAUGAAAAUGAUAUUACAGAGUUAACGCUUACACUCUUGUGGUGGGAGCAUUGUUGUUGAUCUAGUUUAUCAGUUCUGUUUUCAAAACCAAUCGUUGCUUAAUUGGCGGACCAGAUUAAAAAAAGACCACCUGGAUGUGGCCCGUGGGCUGUAGUUUGCCCAUCCCUGUCCUAGUUGAAGCCUCACAAUUGUGCAUCAGCUUUUUGUCAAAAAACAACCUAGUGAAACAUUGAACCAUGUGCCUUCAAAAGUGACCCUCGGUUUGGGACGUUUCAGCCUCCUGUUGCUAGCAGGGUUUGUUUCAUCAUUGUGAACACAAAAAAGAGAGACAUGUAUUGUGACUGAUGGGCGAAAUCCCCCACAGUUGUGUUUGAGAUGAGUCAUUUUGGUGUUCUCAAUAUUGGCCGCGCUUGUCUCAGAGCGCCCGCAUUGUAGCAUCAAAUGAAGUGUUGUCAGACCGAUGGGGAGGCGGUUGAUCAAUGAUGUCUAUUUGUGCAACACCAACACGUGUUGGAGUCGGCUACAAUAGCGCCAAAACAACUCCACCCUCUGUAUGGAGUGAAAUUACUGCUAAAACAAAAAUAUUUUUACUUACCCCCAAUUCACAAAAAAACUAUAUAUUUUUUAUUAUUUUGUAUUUUUCCUCAAGUUAAAACGUUUGGCAGUAGUAUUUCACCCUGCGUGGUCCACAAACUUGCACACAGAGCACCCCUCAUUUGCAGGCUGGGGAGUCAAAUAACAGACAGAGGAGAGGGGAGACUAGCAGGUCAACUUUCUGCUUCCUGCACAACCGCCAUCUUGGCUUGGUUGACCACCACUCUUUUUCAUUUCCGGGAAGAAGUCGCGUCAUUGAAUACUAGCAAUUACUGCCAAAGAUUUUAACUUAAAGAAAAAUGUUUUUAUACUUGUUUUUCUUUAAUUCCAGAAUUUUUUUUUUUGUAUAAUUGGGUUUUUUUUUUACGUUGAGCGGGCGUGAGUAAAAUAUAUGUGUGUGUUUGUGGAGUUUGGCAGUAUUUUCACUACAUACAGUUCUCUUGUAUGUAGUGAAAAUGCAGUCGAAAAUCACACAAUUGAACGCUACAGUAGUUGUAUUGUUAUGACUAAUCGACGUUAGUGUGUUUUGUAUACAAUUUGAGUGACUUUUGUGUUCAUUUGUAAGAUCCGCCUUCUAGAGACUUGCGUCACAGUCUGUCCCCAAAAGGCCACCUGUGGUGCGUUUUAGCUGCAUCUUGAAAUUUCACCCCAAUUAUUCCUAAAUUUCCUAACGGUUUGUGAGUGUUUGGGAGUGAAAAUUUCAUUUUACUUGUAUGAAGUGUUUUGUCUUUGCUAUCCACUGUAAAUGUGAAUUUGGUUGAAGUUGGGUCUUUUUCUACAUGCAGAAGGAAACAUUUGUAAGUUUCUGCCUCCUUUUCCAGCCAUUCAGUUUAUUCCAAUUGUGAUAAUCAGGAGAUGUUUAGUGUUUUAUUGCCACAAGGGUUUCAUCAAAAAUUGUACAAAAGUUUUUUCUCGAGCAACUUUGCAAAGAAGUUGGGAUUUUUCUUUUUCAUUUCAAACGAUUUACUAGUACAAAAAGGGCAUUAGUCUUUGCCUGCUAUUUUCUUGUGCAAACAGGGUCAUUGUGGAGAUGUUGUAGGAUCACACUGGGAUGUCUUGCUCUCUUCUGCCAAUUAAGGACGUUUUCUGAUUUUUGUCUUAAAUAUUUGGACAAAAUCUGCUCGGAGGGAAAAGCUUCAGUCAUGUGUCAUGAAACUUGAAGAGUGUGUUGCUUGUUGCUCAUGUUGAUGUUCAUAAAAAAAUCACCACAAAAUCCGCCCAUUAUCUGCAUGAGGUCACUUUGGGUCAUUUCUUGGCUGUGUCUUCAUAAGAAAGUGUUGUAUCAUUUCAAGAGUGUGGGGGUGCGUCAUUGUAGCACAUUUGACUUCUACUGUAUACAUAUACUGCAAUGUAAAGGGAUGCUUUUUCUACUCUAAAGGGAUUAUGUGUAGGUUCUUAAUUAAAGUUAUUUCAGUUGAACAAA